GCAACACAGCACAGUAGAAGAAGAACGAGGACGAAGCCAGGCGCACACGCUCACCUUAACGUACAUCGCGCCAACGUCGUACAUCGGUCGGUAAACGCUCCAACUUUGGCGUCCAUUUUUUUUGUCGUUGGCUACAACAAGUCGAGAAGGCGCCAUGGCCGAUAAGAUGAGCAUGUCUCUGGACGACAUUAUCAAAAUGAACAAGAAAGAAGGCCGCGGCGGCGAAGGAGGAGGCUUCAGGCGGGGAGGAAGUUCGGGUCGAGCCGGUGGGUCGUCGAGGCCGCCGCCGGCGGCGAGGAGCCGACAGAACAACUUCCAACGCGACAGGAACAACAGAGCCGCUCCUUACACCAGGCCCAGAGAGCUGCCAGACAAAUGGCAGCACGACAUGUUUGAGGAGAGCGAAGGUGGACAAAGCGCAGAACCAGAAAGAAGAGUAGACAGUAGCAGCAAGCUUCUGAUAUCCAAUCUGGAUUUCGGCGUUUCCGAUUCAGAUAUUAAGGAGCUGUUUGAAGAAUUCGGCCCCAUAAAGACCGCAUCGGUACACUAUGACCGGUCUGGCCGGAGUAAAGGAAUGGCCGACGUCUACUUUGUAAAUAAAGCCGAUGCCGUCAAAGCCAUGAAGCAUUAUAACGGCGUUCCUCUCGACGGUCGUCCUAUGAAAAUCCAACAUGCAACGUCAGAAGUCAAAGAACAGAGCAGUUCUAGCAGCGGAUUUGACCGCAGCAGGCUCGGUCAGCCCCGGUUUGAAAGGAGACCAGGGGGGAGCAGUGGAGGUUUCAGAGGUCGAGGGAGAGGAGGUGAAAAAAGACCCCAGUUGUCUGCAGAGGAGCUGGACGCUCAGCUGGAUGCUUACAAAUCAGAGUGUCGGAUGGAUACCAGUUAAAAACGCUCAGGGUGCUACUUCCUUCGGUUUCUUCUUUUUCUGUUUUUUUUUUAUCAGUAUAAUGCAUCAAACAUGUCUUGAAGCCAUUUUAUUUUAUGGACCAUGGUGUAAACAUUUUUAUUCAAGUUUUUUAUUGUCAUGUUUUGGGCAAUUUUGUUUUGUGAAUUCUGUUUAUAUGAACUAUAAAUUGUCCUAAACACGCAAUUUCAUUUGGAUUUCUUUUAUUAGAUUUUUUUUGUAUUGUAAACAUGAUUCCGUGACAGUUUACUGUAACAAUAAAUGUUGAUAUGAACAAA